AUGGUCAAUCUUCCAACAAUUUUACAAAUUUUUUCUUUUAUUUUCAUUUUAUGUGGAAGUAUCAUAAACUUCAUUGCUUUAGCAACGCCAUCGUGGCAGGUUGUUUAUGCUCGAGAACUUCAGCAAUGGAUCAAAAGUGGAUUAUGGAUGAAUUGCCAAACCAGGCCUUCUGGGAUGCUUUCUUGCGCAUACACAUUUUCUAAGAAUGAUAUAAACAUAUAUACAGGUUCGGAUCCAAUCAAUAUCAGGACACCUGCAUUUUACGAAUGGCACCAUAAUUUAUUAUAUUUAAUUUUGUUGGGCCAACUAUUCGCUCUACUUGGAAUGAUAUCAUUUUGUUUAUCACAAGCAGUUGCCAUACGUAAAAAAGCAAUGAUACUUUUGUCCUUAUUGAAUGUUGGCUCAAAUUUAGCAUUUUUAAUUUAUGCUAAUAUGGUUGAAUAUAGAUUUUACCAUGUUAGUGUCAGUGGUAUUUAUGAGAAACAUUUCGGUUUUUCAUAUUAUUUGCAUUUACUUGGUUCCAUUUUUUUGCUUUUUGGUUUGCUUUUUGCGAUUGCAUUCAUUGCGUUUUUCAAUCGGUUAAAUAAUACGGAACGAAAUCGAAUGCUUUAUUCACCAUAUCAAGUUAGUUAA